GAAGAUCCCCAGUUCAUUAGACUCCUAUAUUUGAUUACUGAAAAUAUAAGGGUUAGUGGAUAUCCCUCAGUUGCAGUCUAUAAUAUGUUCCCAGCCCUUGGAUUUCUCCUGAAGGGUCAUAAAAUGCUUCUUCGAAAUAGAGACGAAAUGCGUGCUUUUGUACAAAUUACUUUCAUAGAACACCUCAAAAACCUAGACAAAAACGACCAAAGAAGUUUGAUUGAUGCUUUCCUCAUAAAACAGCAGGAGGAGAAAAAUGACAGUGAUGGUUAUUUCCACAAUGAGAAUUUAAAAACCCUUGUAACCAAUCUGUUUACUGCUGGCAUGGAGACUACUUCCACUACACUACGCUGGGGCUUUCUGCUAAUGAUGAAGCACCCCAAAAUUCAGGAAAAAGUCCAAGAUGAAAUAGCAAGAGUUCUAGGAUCAAAUCCACCGCGAACUGAACAUCGAACUAAGAUGCCCUACAUGGAUGCCGUUGUCCAUGAAAUCCAGAGGUUUGCCAACAUCCUGCCAUUGAAUCUACCUCAUGAAACUACUGUAGACGUCACUCUCAAAGGCUACUUCAUCCCAAAAGAUACCUACAUCAUCCCCUUGCUGACCUCCGUGCUGCGAGACCAGUCUCAGUGGGAGAAGCCAGAUGUUUUCUAUCCUGAGCAUUUUCUUGACUCUGAAGGAAAAUUUGUAAAGAAAGAGGCCUUCAUGCCAUUCUCAGCAGGUUUCCCAGUUUGGCUUAACUAUCCUCCCUCUCCCCACCCUCCACCCACUGAUGUAAGGGCUGUGAUGGCAGAGUGGUUAAGCUGUCUUGCUACAACUCCAGAUGU